AUGGCGGCAAGUGGAUUCGGCCUCGGCGACAGCCGCCUCUUUCGUAUCGUAGACCGUGUAUCGGGCUUAAGGCUCCUGGUCGAUACGGGCGCCGAGGUCGCCAACGGUUCCAUUAUCCCGGUUUAUGGCCAGCAGUCGCUCACUCUCAACAUUGGGCUCAGAAGUGACUUCCGAUGGCUUUUACUGCUUGCAGACGUCACACAAGCCAUCCUCGGAUCCGACUUUUUAAAUCACUUCAAGUUGCUGGUAGACGUUCACGGGAAGCGUCUGAUCGACAGGACUACUUCCUUGUCAGUGCACGGACUACGUCUAUCGACUCCACCGUUGCGUGUCUUGGCCUGUGCCGUGCCUGAAUCACCAGCUGAAUCACCCUUCGCCGCCAUACUCAAGGAAUUCCCGGCACUCACCCAGCCACCUGACUGGACCAGGCCUGUGCAGCACGACGUGGUCCACCACAUCACCACCCGUGGCCCACCGGUCCACUUUCGCCCGCGUCGUCUGGCACCCGAGAAGUUCCGGGUAGCCAAAUCAGAAUUCGACCACAUGCUUGAGCUCGGAAUCGUCCGGCCGUCAUCAAGCACCUGGUCGUCGCCAUUGCACAUGGUGCCCAAAAAGACCGGAGAUUGGAGACCGUGCGGCGACUAUCGCGCUUUGAAUCAAGCCACUAUCCCGGACUGA